AUGGCGGAUUCUUCAUCAGUUCUGAAAACCUCCUCCUGCACAAAUAUUCUUCCCAUUCGGGCUCAACAAAGCCUGGUUAUUGAUCUCAACCCUAAAGCUUACGAGAAUUAUAUGUAUCCCAUGGUCGAGUGCCUCAAAUACUCUCCAUUGGUGCUCGCUCUUUCCAAAGUCGAGGUUGUGCUGAUGGAAUGCCUUUCCAAGGUCUUCUCCACCGCCCAUUACGAUAGAUCAGUGGAUCGCAUCUACUUUGAUCUUCUUUCUCACAAGACCUCCAUCUCCAAGCAACGAUUCUGUUGGCUCCUAGGUUUUGAAGCUGAUGAAUCUAGGGUUAAUCCCGACACCAUUACCGUCGGGCAAUUAUUUCCGAUGUUCUACAAUAUGGGUUACACGGAGAUUCUCACAAUGGUCACAAAAUUCAAGAAAUCGUGUCUCCCUCCUCCAUGGAAUGGUUUCUUCACCAUCCAAUUCAAAGGGCUCUCUGAGCGUAGUUCUGGUUCUGAUGGGGCCAGCAAAUUGUUUAUGACCAUACUCUAUGGUCUAUAUCACGACCUUAACCUCGACUAUGGCUCGGUUCUAUGGCAGCAACUUAUUCAGAGCCUAGCCUCCUCCUCUCGCCACACUGAGGUAUCCUACGCCAAGUUCUGGACGCUCAUCACUAAGUGGGCCAUGGAUAAACUUCAUGUUCCUACUGUGGCAGGUUCCCUUCUCUCCACCAUCAACGUCUUCCACACCACCAAAAUAAUUGUCACCGAUCCGACAAAAUUUUCUUUCGUCGGAUCCAUUCCGGACUCUAUGUCCGCUGGGGUGUCCAAGGAGAGCAUCAUCAUGAAAGCCUACAAGGACUUUCGUCCUUCGGGCCCAAGGGAACUUUCUGCUGAAAUGGUUCAGUCCAUUAAUGAUGCAGAUAAACCUGCUACUAGAGGGAAGAAACCCGAGCAAGGGAAGAUAAAGAAAGGAGCAAAGGGGGCAAAGGGUCCAUUUCCUAAGAAGCGAAAACCCUCAAAACCAGAUCUUUCCCCACCAGCGAAGAAGAAGAAAGUCCAACCCAGGAGAAAACUUAUUCUCUCUUCUUCCUCCAAAGAUUCGGAAGAGAACCAUUCUGACUCAUAUGAGUCAGCUAGAGGUGAAACUCCGCCUCACUCGCCUGGUCAUGAGGUACAUGUUUCAUCAAAACCUCCUUCCCCUUCUCCUAUACCCACCUCUUCCAUUCCCAUAAUAACCUCCUCCAUUUCCAUUCCCUCCAUAUCUAACCCUAUUUCUAUUCCCCCCAUAACUACUUCUCUUCAAACCACAACAACCAGCCUUCCCCCACCACUUUUUACAGAAGCCACCACAACUACCACCCGUGAGGUUCUAACCAACGUAUCUAAUACGGGGGUUUCUACUUCACAGCCUGAACCUACUUCUGCUCCCGAACCCACUAUCACUACCGAACCACCAACCGCACCCUUAUCUCCCACUCCAUCUGCUGAAACCGAAACCUUUCUGGGAGGGGAGGAUACAGUUUUUGACUCCAUCUACUACAGCCCCUAUCAACUUCAGAGUGAUGAUGAUGAUGAUGCUCCGGUCACUAAAAAGCACAUCAAGGAACUCCACGAGAAAAUUGACAAUAUCGUGGCUUCUUCUUCUUCCUCAACAUCUCACUUUUCGGAGGCUGCUAUUCAAGGUAUGGUGGAGUCACUCUCCAAAGCACAUGAAGCCUCUAUCAGCUCAGUUGCUGCUGCCACUGAUAAAUCUACAAAGGCUAGUGCUGUAGCGACCGAAAAAGUCGAAAAACUAUUUCAAGAUGCCCAGAUCUGGCUGGAGUCUUUACAGGCGGCAUCAGAGACAAACACUAAAAAGAUCUGCACCGUUGUGGAGAAGCUAUCUUCGGUUGCGGAUCGUCUUCUUUCCUUCCAAGCCACUCUUGCCGCCGAAUCGACCACAAAGGAAGAGCUUGACCGGCAGUCUUCCGAGCUUACCUUGGCAACUCAUCAGCUCUCCCAAGCCGAGAAGGAGAUUGAUUCUCUUCGGUCCGAGAAAGCUGUGGUCAAGAGUUGUGUUUCAGAUGUCCACGGAGCUCUAUCUAACAUCAUUGAAGCCCAUGAUCUGAUUCUCAACUAUUCGGUGAGGCGUAGUCUUGCAGAGAAGCUCGCUCCUGCUCUUGCCCUGCUUAUCCGUAUUGAAGGCAUUCUUGAGUAG